CCCACAUUUGAAACAAAACAGGGCGAAGCUUUACUCGUGUUAUCCAUUCCUCUCUACUCAUCUCAUUGUAGUGAAACAGAAUCACAUACGGAGAGAAUGGGAAUAGCCCUUCUCUCAGUCCAAGCACCUCAUCACAUCCCACUCUCUCAAUUCCAUUACACCAACACUAGCAAGUCAUGGAGGAGCUUCUCUCAGACCUACCCAUUAGAAUCCAAGUCUACCAUCCUUCUCUGCUCAACCUCUUCAGCUUCAGUUGCAGAAGACACUGCUUCUCCUUCACCUGAUGAUUCACUUGCUGCCAAAUCAGAAUCCCCCAUCAAAGAGCUUCCCCUCAGUGCUUGCAAGUCCUGUGGAAGAGAAGAAGUGGAGAAGGGAUGCAAUGGUGAAGGAAGGAUUCAAGGUGGAAUUGCAACAUUUCCAGGAUUUGGUUGGUGGCCCAUAAAGGCUUACAGGCCAUGCCCUGGAUUUUUGGAAUCAGGCGGCCGGUAUAAGCGUCAAGGACAAAGCCUGGAUGAGGUUGCCUUUGGAAGAGGUGGGAAAGGAGAGAACUAGCAUUGAGGUCCAACCCAAGCAAGAAGAAGGAAGGAUCUAAGGAAAUUAAAGGGGUAAAUGCUUUUGGAAUAGCUUUUCACUGCAUUUAAUGGAUGUAAAAGAUGCAGAGCCAGUGCCCCAAUUGGAGAGUUAUAACUUGUGUAUGCAAAAUCAUGUGGUAUGCCGUAUGCAUCACAGGACAUUCUCUUGAAAGAUAUAUGUUUUUCAAAAUACCUAUUUGUUCCAUUAAUGAAUGUACCAUUUAGAGAACUAACCUCAUAUAUGUGUGCGCGGGCGCAUACAUAUACAUUUGUGCAUUACUUUCUUAGAUAUUGGUUUCCAAUACACAAUUGUAUUUAAGUUAUUUCAGUGUUACAAUUUUUUGGCAAAACAAUUAAAGAAUGUUUUUCUCA